UUUGACUGCUCUCUAAAGGAUGCCGCUUCCAUCAGGGCAACAAAUGAACAACUGGAGAGCUGGCUGACUACAGUCGAUAAAUCAGGCCUUCCGGGGAAAUUCAAAGCCUGGUUAUACCAACAUGGCAUCCUACCUAGGAUAUUGUGGCCAUUGUUGGUGUAUGAAUUUCCAAUCUCCACCGUGGAAGGAUUUGAGAGGAGGGUGAGCAAUUACCUGCGACGGUGGUUGAGCUUGCCAAGAAGUCUGAGCAGCAUCGCACUCUACGGCAACAAAAACAAGCUAACGCUACCGAUUAACAGCCUUAGCGAGGAGUUCAUGGUUACCAGAGCAAGGGAGGUGCUUCAGUACAGGGAAUCCAAGGACCCAAGAGUAUCUCAAGCUGGCAUUGAGGUCAGGACUGGCAGAAAGUGGAGGGCACAUGAGGCAGUGGACCAUGCAGAAUCACGGCUGCGCCACAAGGAAAUGGUGGGUUCCGUGGCUAUCAGCCGUGCAGGACUGGGAAGCACUCCAACAACCCAUUACAACAAACUGAAGGGCAAGGAAAGGCGGGACCUAGUCCAAAAAGAAGUGAGGGCUGGGGUCGAGGAGCAGCGUGCAAGCCAGAUGGUGGGAUUGAGGCAACAGGGCGCAUGGACCAGAUGGGAAGAUGCCAUGGAGAGAAAGAUUUCAUGGGCGGAGCUGUGGAGGGCUGAGCCCUAUCGCAUCAAAUUUCUCAUUCAGUCAGUCUAUGACACCCUGCCCAUCCCAUCUAAUCUCUUUUGUUGGGGCAAGGCUGAGACUCCAGCAUGCACCUUGUGCCGGGGAAGAGGAACUCUGGAGCACAUCCUCAGCAGCUGUCCUAAAGCACUUGGGGAUGGUCGCUAUCGCUGGCGCCAUGACCAAGUGCUGAAGGCGAUUGCUGAGUCCAUCACUACUGCCAUCGAUCAGAGCAAGGGUUUACAACCACCAAGGUGCAAGAUUUCAUUCUUAAGAGCAGGAGAACACCCGCCUUCCCGACCAAAAGUUCAGACAGGCCUGCUGGGAACCGCGAAGGACUGGCAGCUAAGGGUGGACCUGGAGAAGCAACUCAGAUUCCCCCGAGACAUUGUGGAGACCAGCCUUAGACCCGACAUGGUUCUACUCUCAGUAACAUCCAAGCAGAUUAUCUUGUUGGAGCUAACAGUGCCCUGGGAGGAGAGGAUGCAGGAAGCCAGUGAAAGGAAGAGGGAGAAAUAUGCGGAGCUGGUAGAGGAGUGUCGGAGACAAGGGUGGCGCGCACAGUGCUUGUCCAUCGAGGUUGGGGGAAGGGGCUUUGCAGGAAAAUCACUGUGCAGGGCCUACAGCCUCCUGGGAAUCACAGGGGCACGCAAGAGAAGAGCCAUCAGUACAGCUUCAGAGGCUGCAGAGAAAGCCUCAUGGCUUUGGAUCAGGAGGGACAAACAGUGGGCGAAUGCUUCUUGGACACAGGCCGGGAACUGA